GUCUCCGCCGCACUCCCCCUAGAUGUCUCCGCUCCUCUCCGGCUCCUUCUCACCGAUCAGCUGAGGACGCGAGGCCCAGAUCCCUCCGCGCACUACUUUACAGCUCUGGAUCCUUCCGCCGCAGCGCUGCACUAUUUCAUGAUACCCAUUACACGAGGCCUAGCCGGUAUCCCUCCGCGAACUACUUUACAAAAAGAGGGGAAACGCAGAUCCCGGAGGGGACUACCGCGCACGGUUAUUCUACGAUGGUGGAAAAUCUCCCUCAGAAGCGAAUUUCGGACGGCAAGACCAGGGGAACUUAAGGAAUCUCACGAGGACUUUGUGGAUGACUCAACACUGCAUGCUCAGAUUGGCAUAAUUUUUGGACAGAAGACCCUCUGCUAUGUGACCAACCUUUGCCAAGGACGGUAUGAUUUUCUGGGGCGUCUACCUGAGUCCUUGAUAUUAUAUAUCUUAACGUUCCUGGACUUGGAGGAUAUUACUCAGCUCUCUCAGGUGUCUCGUACAUUUCAGAAGAUCUGCAAUUCAGACAAGCUGUGGGAGCACAUUGUUGAGCGGUCCUGUGACCGAGUUACCCCAGAGAUGAGAUCUCUUGCGCAGGACCUAGGCUGGAAGCAGUUCUUCUACACCAACAAACUACAACUUCAGCUCCAGCUCCGGAGGCGAAGGAAGAGACAGGAAAAUCAGGAAAUGUUCUUGGAGUAACAGGAUGCAUGUUGGAGUAUUAUAAUUAAAGACCUUAAGAACUGUAAAUAAGAAGUCACAUGGUUCUGAUGAGAUUUUCCAUUCAUACUCAUAGACUGUGUGCUAGUAUCCAAACGUUAUGAACUGUAAGCUCAAUACAUUUUUUUUAGUGCACACUCUUCUUCUGGUGCAACUGAAUGGGGUUAUCCUAAGAUUAAAAAAUGUCACCUAUCAAUAGGAUAGGUUAUAAAUAUCUGAUCAAUGGGGAUCUGACUGCUGGUACCCCUAUGAAUCCCAAGAAAAGGAGUUCCUUGUCCCCUGAGUAAAAGGAGCGUCAGUGCAUGCUCGACAACCACUCCAGUCAUUCAUGAAGGGACUGCCAAAGACAGCAGAUCACUGUACUCAGCUGUCGAUCUGCCCCAUUGAUCAGAUACUUAUUACCUAUCCUGAGAAAGGUCCUCUU